CGUAAUUGUUAGAUAUGUAAAUACACAGAGGUUAAGUGAUGUUCAUGUAAAUCUUCCUGAAAAUUUGAGAGUGGAGAUGCAUUCCUGUGAUUUCCGCAAUCCCUACGGCGCAGUCCCCCCAUCCACCUGAUAAUAUUAUUUAGCAGUCAGGAACCUUCGUCCUCACAUUGCAGCCCUCAUCUAACACUCCUUUUCCUUGCGACUCUCGUUCCGGCUAAAUCCCCCUCUCAACAGUCUGCAAUGGCCGCCGUCGCCUUCGCCGUCGCCGCCGCUGCCCACAACAUCAUCGCGGCCAAGCCUCGUUGCUCUUCUCUGCUGCCUCUUUCUUCCCGCCGCCGCCCCUUUUCAUCUGCUCUCUCCGGCCAGCCGCUCCGACUCCGCUCUCGAAGACUCGCCGUAGCUGCAGAGCCUCGCCUUAUGACUGUCGUCUUCGCACAGAAGAAGGCCGUUGCAGUUCUCAAGGGCGACUCCAAGGUUGAGGGCGUUGUCACUCUCAUCCAGGAAGACGACGGUCCCACGACUGUGAAUGUACGUGUCACAGGACUAACUCCUGGAUCUCACGGCUUCCAUCUUCAUGAGUUUGGUGAUACUACCAAUGGAUGCAUUUCAACAGGUGCCCAUUUCAACCCCAAAGGCCUGACACAUGGUGCUCCUGAAGAUGAAGUUCGUCACGCCGGUGAUUUGGGAAACAUAGUUGCUAAUGCUGAUGGUAUUGCUGAGGCGACAAUUGUAGAUAACCAGAUACCACUGGAGGGACCUAAUUCUGUUGUUGGAAGAGCAUUUGUGGUUCAUGAGCUCGAGGAUGAUCUUGGAAAGGGAGGACAUGAACUUAGCCUUACAACUGGAAAUGCAGGUGGCAGAUUAGCUUGUGGUGUGGUUGGUUUGACUCCCCUUCAGUAAUUAAUGUGGAGCAUCCACCAGUGCAGUUGAAAUUUUGUGCUGCUGAGAGGAUUUUAGAUUUCUUUAUGAGGAUUUUAUUCAGACAGCUUUAAAGGAAAAAAAUGGAGUUUUCAUCUUUAUACAGUAAUAAUAGUUUUCUGUUCUUCACUGUCUUCAUGUGUUUAUGCUGUCUCAGGCUCAUUAGCAGCUUCAGAGAUGCUUACUUUGCCUUUUCUGUUUUGCUGGAAGUAAAUUUUAUUAUUUGUUUUAUA